AGCCUGGUGUAAAAAAGUUAAACUUGCUGAUAAAACUGGAAAUGAAAAGACUAAGUGUUUUAUAUAAUCAAAGAUUUUUGUCAUGUAAAACCCCUUCUAAUUUAUGGAAACUUUUCAAAGAAAUUACUAACGGUAAGCGAUGUAUUUCUGUUCCAUCUCUUAAUGUUGACACUCUUAAUAAAUCUUUCAUACGCUCUUCUGUUGAUACCCUUCCAAAUGAUACAAAUCAUAUUGACAAUAACUUUAGUGGUUUUAAUACCCUUGAUGUGCUUAAAUGUCUCCGGUCUCUUAAGCCUUCUCAAAGCCUUGGUCCUGACGGCAUACCUGCCAUUGUCCUCAGGAAUUGUGCUGAUAUUUUGUGUUAUCCCCUUACUAACAUUUUUAAUGCUUCUUUUUCCGGUAACGUUCUACCUUUUGCAUGGAAAAACAUUAAAAUUAUCCCUAUAGCAA